AUGCCUGAUCUCGCUAGUGUAGUAGCCGCCGACCCCUAUAAACAGGCAGACGCCGCUAAGAGCUCUGGUAUGGCGCUCUGCUCAUUCAAUACCACUGCCGCCACUGUGUCUUCUUUCGAUGCGACCAAAUUCGACUUCAUGGGUCUGCCUCCAGAGUUGCGACUUCAUGUGUACAACAACGUACAACACAUCCUCCGGAUCCAGUUACCUAUCCGAAAGGUUAAAAUCUUCACUCUUGAUCUGGAUCUCACUCUCUCGAAAAUCAGUCGUCAGAUCAAGCCCUCUCGUCUCAUUCAAGCUAUCAUAGACGGUGCAUUUAUGAGCAAAUCCGAUCCGUCGGAUGGUUCAAAACGCAUGGCUUUCCUGUGCGAAUCACAAUUGCAAACUUUUGCCUUGUAUAUUAGCCGUCAUGUGAGAGUGUCCAGAGAUAUGGGGGAAGCGGAUUCUGAGGCGGUGGUCAUGGAGGCAGAUUUUAUGCGCAGCUAUUUUAAUCACGCUAUAUCGCAAUUACGCGUUCACAAGAUAUUGGCCAUUCACAUACUUGUGGACAUGGGAAGUGCUGCAGGAUUUGAAAACCCGAUUGAGUUCGCAUCCUAUUUCUGGGCAACCAUGUCGGAUGUCAAUCAGCCCAGCCUGGACACUUGCCACGAUUUACGUAUCCAAGUCACCAUUGUUGUUCAGUUGGGAAAAGCAGAGAAGACUCGCACCGCGAUGGAAGACGCAACCAUCCGCUCAAGAUUCGAUACAUCUCAUAUUGAGUACACCGUUGAGGAGGUUGCUGGUGAGCUCAAUAUACUCACUUCGUAG